UUACACAAUCUGGUCUCCAAUAAUCAAAAAAACUACACCCUCUAAUCGUUCCACUGAAAACUAAGACCUAAGGAUCUGCAGACCAUCGGCAAUAUGAUCUACCUACAGAAUUGCUGUUGCUGCGUGGAUCUGCGCAUCGGUACCAUUAUAAUCGGGAUACUGCACAUUAUAGCGGAUGUUAUUGGAGGCAUUUUUGUAGCAUUGUUUGGAGAGUCGGGCAUUCCCGACUUGGGCCACACUCUGUUCAUUAUCUUCGUGAUGUUGCACAUUCUGAGCUGCGUCUUUCUGAUCAUCGGCUGUUUUCGGUUAAGAAGCUGCUGGAUGCUAUUCUACAUAAUAAUGACCAUGAUCAUGGCUCUGGCCAUGCUAAUACUGAUAGUAUCAGACGUUAUACUAGCCAUUUGGUUCUGGGUCAUGGUAACCUAUGCCAUUAUGUUCUUCCUAUGCCUUUACUUCUGGCUGGUGGCCUACUCCUUCUAUGCCGCGUUGGGAGGAGCUCUGUUCCUCUGAGAUCCUCUGAUCUUUUACCAUCUAGUUGUUGUAGUAAAUUGUACGGUGCUUGUAGUAAUAAAACUUUUGGUUCUCUCACAA